AUGGAUGUAGUUCUGCUUGAUUUCUUUUUCGACUUCAUUCUCAAUACCAGGGCUCGAUGCGUCCAAGCCGUUGUGUUGGCACCGGAUAACGAUUUAUUUGAUCUGAUGCAGAGAAUCCAUUCUCUGCACUGCGAUAGAGAUGGGAAACGUCACCUAAGCCCACUUAGCAUUUCGGAUGCAGUUCAUAUAUGGCAGGACCUUGAUGACUGGGAUCCGGCAGAAACGGAGCUCAUCAAUGAGGAUGACAACUUGUAUGAGUCCUACAAGUUUGCAUUGUUUAUCUGGACCUAUAUCAUUGUACACCCAGCCGAAGUUGGCGGAGAAAAGGUCCAGGACGCUUUACACCAUGCCAUAUCCAAUAUAUCGGAAGUUGAGGACCCUGAUCUGAUGCCACUUGUCAUUAUUCCGCUAUUUUUCAGCGGGUUGGCAGCUAUUCAACGUGUCGACAGAGAUCUGGUCAAUGAGCAGUAUCAGCGAGUUGAGAGUUACACUGAACAUGGCAGCAUCGCACGUUCCAGAAGUAUUGUCCAAUCGAGCUGGGAGAAGCACGAUAAUGGUAUGAAGCAAAGCUGGGACUGGAGGAGGUGGGGUGACUCAUCAUUGAUUGGUAGUUGA